CUUGGACAUAUCUCCGGCAAUGUCGGUCUGCACAGCACGUUUAGGAUUACUCGCAGUUCAGUCGCCUGAGUUGGUUGAACGGAAGUGAAUUCCUUAUUCACUGUGGUCUGAGGAUACACGAAGAACGGGAAAAUAUAUCUCAGCGUCUAUUGGCGUCGACUGAUGAGAUGGUAUUCCGUUUUUUGUUGUUACCAUUGUUGAUGGUCAGUGUCAACACAUUGCUGACAGGGCCCUCAAAUAUAAUCCCAACGUUACCUAAUGUAAUUUUGAAUUCAACCAACUCACAAUGUCAACGAGACAGCAUACGACUACAAGCAGGCUUACAGAACAUGACUCUGUGGGCACAACAAAUGUGGGACGCAUCAGCUAAACAAGCGGUCGGCUUAUUGUCAGGUAGCAGAUAUCAGCUAGGAGACUUUGACGAAUGCUUGCAAGUAGCUAGGCCCAUAAAAGCUCAAUAUUGUCUGGUGGAUAUUAAAAUCAAUGUGCCAGCUGAAUAUUCGUAUGCAGAUCCAUAUGCCAGAGAGUAUAAUCCAAUGCUUCCUGCAUGGCACAAAAUUUAUUACGGCGGAGCGAGGUUCAAGCAGCGUUUGGAUUUAAUCAAAUGGGCUUUAUGCGUGCCUGAGUCGUGUUCGCCGCACGAAAUUCAGACUUACCUUCGAUCCUACGUAAAAGAAAACGAUUUAGACAUGAUUGAAAAUAUAUCAGUGGCCGACAAAAUGUGCACACGAGUCGAGAGACCGGGAGACGAGUAUAACAUUUCCGACAUAUCGUUCGUAGUACUUAUUUUGGUGUUACUGUCGUUAGUCGUAUUCGCUACUAUAUUUGAUUAUGCUGUAUACUCGAAACAAGAAACGUGGCAGUGGAACCAAGAAUCAAAAACCGUGGAUAUGAUCAUGUGCUUUUCCAGUAGGCGAGCCAUGCAAAGCUUAAAACAAAGAUCUUGUAUCAUUAGGGGCUUAGAUCUCACACCUCUCUGCGGCGUUUCAACCAUAUCUAUGAUUUUAAUAAUCGUUGGGCACAGAUGGGGAUUUCGUUUGCCAGGACCGUUACAAAAUUAUGAAGUCAACGAACAGGUUUUCUAUAAUUAUUUCAUAUCGAUUUUCACAUCUCACAUGGACUUGUUAGUCGAUUCGUUUUUCGCUAUAAGCGGUACUCUAAUGGUACUGAUCCUGCUCGAUCGCCUGGACACUUCUUUUGUACAUCCCUUCAAAGUAUUAGUGUUUAAAUACUUCAGGUUGACGCCCGUGUACGCUGUGGUCAUAUUCUUUUUCGCAACCCUCCAAUACAAAAUGGGUACCGGUCCCUUGUGGGAAAACUUCAUUGGGACAGAUAAGGAAAAUUGCCGGAAAACAUGGUGGUUGAGUCUGUUAUAUUUAAACAACUAUAUUGAGGCAGAUGCGACGUGCGGAUUCCACACAUGGUUCAUGCCUUGCGAAUUCCACUUCACCAUAAUGGGUAUCGCAUUAGCGUUUAUUAUCCAUAAAAAUCCUAGAGUCGGUAUGUACAUUACUUCGUCGCUUAUGGCUAUCUCUGUGGCUAUACCUUUCGCUCUCACGUACAUCGGACAAAAACCGGCCAACAUCGAAUUUAACAUGGAUUUUACUACAAAUCCAACUAAUGACGAGUACUUUAUGUCGAUGUAUAUUAAAUCACACACGCGAGCUGGUCCUUAUAUCGUAGGUGCUAUAUUUGGUUACUUGUUGUAUAAAAGAAAAAAGAGUACACCCAAAUUGAGCGCGAUACAAAGUUGGUUCCUGUUAGGCAUCUCUUCUAUAAUAAUGAUGACAACGUGGUUUAGCGGAGCAAUCAUUUAUCACCCAUCGUACGUGUACGAUCCUCUACAGGCUGCCCUAUACGGUUCUUCAGUCAGAAGUCUUUGGGCCGCUGGACUUGUUACCGCCCUCUAUGCCUUAAUAUUAGGGCCCCCAAACUUUUUAAAGAGCAUGCUGUCAUGGAAACCUUUUGCUGUGUUGGCUAGCUUAAAUUUCAAUGCUUACAUGGUGAACACAAUAUUGCCAGUAGCCGACACCGCCAGCCGGAGAACUCCUGAUCACUUCAACAUCAGACGCUUUCUUGCAGAUGCUACUUCUGAUACAAUUAUGUGCCUGGUGGCUGGUUUGUUCCUUUACAUAUUGGUUGAAAGGCCGUUCAGGCUUUUGAUCACUCAACUGUUCGUUUCCCGUUCAAGGACGAAUCCAAGACGAGAUUGUGCAUCACGAACGCCCGAAUUAGUCCUCCAAUAUAACAAAGUACGUGCGUGACCUAUAAAAGACUCAAAUAUAUGUAAUUUAUUUAUUUUUAUAAGAUUAUUUUCUUUCCUUUAUUUUGUCUAUCAUAAACUUUUAUUAUUAUUACAUUAAUAGUUACUAUGAAAAUAAAUGUUUAAUUUUUUUAUUUUGA